AUGUUUAACGUCGGGACGUCUUUUAUCGUUUCACAGAUAUCGCUGGUCAUUGCCGGGCCCGCGAGGAAGCUGGUCGAAGGGUCGGACGUGCAGUUCCUGUGCCUGACGAAAGCCAACCCGCCGGAAGUGAACUACCGGUGGUUCGUCAACGAUCAGUUCGCGCUGAGCGAAGUCACGUCCGAACUGUGGCUGUUUAACAUAUCUAGGAGACUGCACAAUUCGUUGGUCAGGUGCGAGGCGCAAAAUUCUGUGGAGAAAACAGAGGAAUCCAAAGCAUUGAGCAUAUUAUAUAAACCUCAGUUCAAAAAUCGACCGAAAAACGUYCAAGCGGAUCCCGGAACAUAUGUGACGAUCAUGUGUGACGUGGACAGCAAUCCGCCACCGACCAUCGAGUGGACAUUCGAGAAAACAAAAAAAGUGAUGAGCACGACCAGCAACUUGACGGUGUUGGUGUCGAAUUUGACGGUCGGCCGAUAUCACUGCAGGGCCAUCACGUCUGGGUUUGGUGAGGUAAACGCCGAGGCUUCGGUGACCAUGAGGGGCAAACCGAUCAUCGACAGCCCUCUGGUCCAGUACGGCACUCUGUCCGAAACGAUCCGGCUCGAGUGCGUCGCCAAGUCCGUGCCCGUCGCCGACCGGAUAGUUUGGACUUACCAUAACACCGAAAUCGGCACCAAGAACGAUCAGAAACAUUAUUCGGUACUCGAAGACCCAACGGACGACGGCGUAAAGAGCUCWCUGAUGGUCAGGAACUUGAAACAAGAACAGUUCGGAGCCUAUAACUGUACGGCGUACAACGACUACGGGUCCGACUCGGCCGUAAUCGUGCUGGUGCAAAAAAGAGACUUUAUGCUGAUCUUGGCAAUCAUUGGUGCCGUGGGCGGAAUCGUCGUCGUGAUUUUGAUUUUCUCCGUAAUCGGGUUUUGUAGACGUACAACGACUCAGAAAAAGAAGAAAGCCAAAUCCGAUUUCAAUGGAGAGUUGGACACGGACAACAARCAAAACGCCGUGGCCAGGGAAUCUGACGCGUCGUCGAACGUGUCGGACAUCAAAAUGGAGACGGGCACCGGGUCGUCGCUGAGCAACUACCGGUACAAAAUUGACUACGGCGCAGAUUCGAUGACCGUGACGACAACCGCGACCGCGGUCGACGACCAGCAACCGCGGUCCGCUACCCCGAAGAGCGGUGGUGGCAGCCAGACCACCCUGCCCCGCGGCGGAGGCGGCAUUCCCUUGGCCGGCCCGGUUCCAGUCGAUCCCAGAUACGCCACGGCCGCCAGUUACUUGGGACACCUUCACCCACACAACGUCAUGCACCACCCGCUGGCCAACGGCUCCGUUAUUGGCGAUUACGCGGACCCACUCAACUACGUCAGAUACACCACCAACCAUCUCGCCGUGAGUGUCGCUCAUAUUAUUACGUCCUACCCUGCGCAUUAUAACGAUAUGCAUAUAGGGACUACCCCAUUCCCCCAAUGUCAAAAGAAUCUCGAUUAUAAGGUUAUAGAUGGCUGAUUUUCAUCCAAGAAAUUCAACUCUCC